CGGAUUACCGGUUUUAAAAGGCACCGGACUUUCGCGUCGUUGGCUCAGCCAAUCAGAGCCAUCUUUCUUCUUGACGCGAUAUUUUCCUUAAUCAAAAGCGAGCUCGCGUUCUGAUAAAGCCCUUUAGUUCGUGCUUCGUGGUUUGUUAAAAAAUACGCCCGACUGCCAUCUGACAGUUGUCAAAUUUGCAAUCAUGAAGAAGAAUAGGUUAGGACUUUCUCUCUUGACAUUAACAACAGGUUUUCGUCGGGCAACCUCAUGUGACGUGGAGGUGCCCUCGAUAGAAAGUAUUUCACUUAGUAUCAUUUUUCACUGUGAAAUGGUUAGUUAGUUGCGGACCACAAAGCCGGAAACGUGACGAUCGGCAUGCCGCACAUUUUUUGUACAACCCUACUUGGUCAUUGAGAUAAGGCUAUCAUUUUUAUCCUCAAGUACCGCAAUCAGAGUGUAGAUCGUUGAAUUAGUUUUUAAUCGGUUUUACUUUAUUUUAUCAUUUCGAUCAUUCUUCGUACAAUUCACGGCAAUCAAACGUAGUUGGAAAUUCGUCAAACUUAAGGUGCGGUCGAAAAUCGUCUUCCCAGUUUACAUUGUAAACAAAACUCAAGAAAUCACAUCGUAUCUAGCCAUAAGAAUUCUAUUUUUAAAACUCGCGUCAACUAACUGGCUCGCUGAAGUAAUUUUUAACCAUAAAACAUAAAACCUUCAUCAAAAUGAAGCCGGAUAACAAUUUCAAUGUUAAGAGUACAAAUGAGAAUGAAGAGAAUACCAAAGUCGUACGUGUUGUUUUCGUCUCGUUGCUACUCGAUCUCCUCGCAUUCACCAUGAUCCUGCCGUUACUGCCUGCUCUACUGGAUCACUAUGAGCAGAAUGACAAUAACCAAGGGCUGUACUCGAAUAUAUUGAGUUACGUGCAAAGGGUUCAAGUGUAUCUCAAGGUACCGGCAAGAUUCAACUCUGUCUUGUUCGGAGGUUUCUUGGGAUCCAUGUAUUCAUUUCUACAAUUUUUAUCCUCACCAAUCGUUGGGGCUUUAUCCGAUGUUUAUGGACGUAGACCAUUAAUGCUAUUAUGUCUGAUUGGUAUCGCAGUUUCCUAUCUUUUAUGGGCAUUAUCCCAUAACUUCGCCAUAUUCGUCUUUGCCAGAUUUAUCGGGGGUCUUAGCAAGGGUAAUGUUAGCUUGUCCAUGGCAAUUAUUAGCGAUGUCACUUCGCCAAAAUCCAGAGGAAAGGCCAUGGCACUGGUGGGAAUUGCUUUUUCAGUAGGUUUUGUUAUCGGUCCAAUGAUAGGUGCCACAUUUGCUCGUUUAUCUACUGGACACAGAGAGGGACAAUGGUACGCAAUACCUGCAUUGUUCGCCCUCUUCUUAGCCCUCAGCGAUUUGCUUUAUGUUGUAUGUAACUUGAAAGAAAGUUUACCAGCAAAAUACAGAGCGAAAUCUCUUGCUAUGGGAAUAUCAGAAGCAUUAGCUUACAUCAACCCUGUUGACUUGUUCCAAUUCAACGGAAUAUCUGGCUUGUCUUCACAAGAAUUACAGAGUCUUCGAAGGCUGGGUCGAUCAUACUUUCUGUACCUGUUCGUCUACAGUGGGCUGGAAUUUACGUUAACAUUUUUAACACAUCAUUUACUUGGAUUCACUAGCAUGCAGCAAGGUUGGAUGUUCCUAGGGAUUGGUUUGACUAUGGCGAUUUUACAAGGGGGUUGGGUGCGCAGAAUCCCUGCUCACAAAACGAAAUCCAUCGCUGAAUUAGGCUUAUGGUUGGUUAUCCCAUCCUUUGUUUGCAUUGGCAUAGCUAGAGGCACUGCAAUGCUGUACUUUGGAGUAUUCUUAUUCGCAGUUUCAACAGCCAUGGUGGUAACCUGCAUGAUGACUCUGGUGACAAGACUGGGACCAGAUAGUCAAAAGGGUUCGAUAACUGGCAUAUUCCGUUCACUAGGAGCACUUGCCCGAGCCUGUGGUCCCAUAGUGACUUCUAUCGCAUUCUGGAGCAUUGGUAGUACCACCACAUAUCUAACCGGCGCACUGGCUCUGGUCGUUCCACCACUUAUACUUCGGUACACUGAAACGUCCUAAACUAAUUUCUUCUUAUAGAGAGAUCUAUGGUACUUUUUGCCAUCUAUGUAUAUAUUCAUAUACCUAUAUUUAUUUACAACUUAUUGUUAGGAAGUAUCGUUAAGUUUUUCUACAUCAUAUUUUA